GUCGGCGGAGGGACCGCCAGGCAGUCAGCUCUUAGGCGGCGGAGGUCCAGACCGCAGCUGCCGGCUAGCGGAAGAGGAUCACAGGUUCUGACUUGGCAGCCUCGCACUCUUGCAAAACUGGGAUCCAGGUGGCAAAGGGAGAGAUGGGUGACUCCAAGAGCAGUCUUGGCUUCCUCGUUUUGCUUCUGAUUGUCUUGUUCAGCGGGACGUCCAGCGGCCCUCUGACCCUGCAGGCCAGGAUGACAUGCUGGCGUGAAGACAAUGGACACACCAGUGCAUCCUGGGAGUUUGGCUUCAAUGGACAACUGUGCCUCCUCUUUGAUUCGGAGAAUGGACACUGCACAAUGCUUCAUCCUGGAGGGAGACAGAUGAAAGAGAAAUGGGAGAAUGACAGGGCUGUGACGGACUUCUUCAAGAAGGUCUCCAUGGGAGACUGUCGGGCCUGGCUUCGGGCUUUCUUGGUGCACUGGGAGAAAAUGUUGAAGACCUCGGGAGGCGGUGCUCCCAGGAAGCCCAACAGGUGCUCUUUUGGCCUGAGGACUCAGUCUCUGCUUGGCCGCCUUUGUUCUCCUGCGUUCACUUUAGAGCCAGGAGAUGAGACCCAGGAAUUCGGAGCCGGCCUUCCAGUUAUGAUGACAAGGUGGCUGCACUGUCUCCUGUCUCUUGUCACAUCUGGUGAACAGCCUCCUGAGUCUCUCUUUUUUUCCAGCCUAUUUUACCUCUUUCUCUUGGUGCUAAAUGAUGGAAUCCCUGCACUGAAAUGUUCAACUACUUGAACAGGAAAUCUCAAAUAGGACAUUUUCUGUCUUCUAGUUUGUGAAAAAUCAGACUCUUCUCUGUAUGGGAAUCUCAUUGUUGCAAAUGAUGAUAAUGGGAGAAAAAUACCAUCUGCUUUUACAGGACUCAGGGAUUCUUUGUAUGUUCAGAAAAACAACUUUAGAGUAUUUUCAACAAAAUAAAAUAUUG